GCGCUGAGUGCAGGCGUCGCGAUGACCGCUCUGAGCCGGAGGGAGGCCGCCGAGGCGGGCAGCAACCAACAAAUGCACGGAAAGACAGCUUCUCUGAACAGUGCUGUGCCCUGCAAAGAGAAACCAGACAGAGUUGAGGAACCCCCGGACUACAGUCUGCACUGGCCAGAAGGCUUGAAGGGUGAAGAGAUAAAGAAGUGUGGCCGAGAAGGGAUAACACUGAAUAAAUACAACCAGCAAUACCACAAGCUGUUUAAGGAUGUUCCCUUGGAGGAAGUGGUUCUCAAAGUGUGCUCCUGUGCCCUCCAGAGGGACCUCCUUCUCCAGGGCCGGCUCUACAUCUCCCCCAACUGGCUCUGCUUCCAUGCCAGCCUCUUUGGCAGGGAUAUCAAGGUGGUCAUUCCUGUGGUGUCUGUGCAAAUGAUCAAAAAACACAAGAUGGCACGGCUCCUUCCCAAUGGACUGGCCAUCACCACCAACACCAGCCAGAAGUAUAUCUUUGUGUCACUGCUCUCCCGGGACAGAGUAUAUGACCUGCUGAGGAGAGUCUGCACCCACCUACAGCCUUCCAGCAAGAAGAGUCUGAGUGUAAGAGAAUUUCCAGGGAAACCUGAGUCUCUGGAAGUCCUCAUCCCUGAGAUGAAGUGGAGAAAGGUAUGCCCUUCCUCCAGGUCCCUGUCUCUACCAGACAACAUCCCUUGUAUCCCUCCAGCAUCUGUGGACUCCACAGACAGUUUCUUCCCCUCCAGGAAGCCUUCAAGGUCUGUCCAUAUAGAAAAAUCAAGAACCCAAGUAGCUUCAGAAAACGGUGGGAAGUGGGCAUGGCCCAUGCCGGGCUGGGGUCCUGCCUGCCCUAAGAAGAUGCCGAACUGCUCACCCACUGCAAAGAAUGCCGUCUAUGAGGAGGAUGAGCUGGAGGAGGAGCCCAGGAGCACUGCGGAGCUGACGCUCUGGGAUUACCGGCUCCUCAAGGUCUUCUUUGUGCUGAUCUGCUUCCUGGUCAUGUCCUCAUCCUAUCUGGCGUUCCGUAUUUCUCGGCUAGAGCAGCAGUUAUGCACCUUGAGUUGGAACGGCCCAGUCCCUGGGCACAGGUGA